AUGAAACUACUGUUGUCUCUCCGUAUCCGCUUGUCGUCUUCCGCUUCACCUGCUACUCUCUUCCGCCUCACCUGCUAUCCUCUUCCGCCUCACCAGUUGUCGUCUUCCGCCUGUCUGCUAUCCUCUUCCGCCCUCAUGUUAUCCCCUUCCCCCUCAGCUGCUAACCUCUUCCGCCUCAGCUGCUAUCCUAUUCCGCCUCACCUAUUGUCCUCGUGCACCUCACCUGUUAUCAUCUUCCGCCUUACCUGUUAUCCACUUCCGCCUCAUCUGCUAUCCUCUUCCAACUCACCUGUUAUCCUCUCCCGCCUCAGCUUCUAUCCUCUUCAGCCGCACCUGAUAUCCUAUUACGUCUCACCAGUUGUCGUCUUCCGCCUCACUUGUUAUCUUCUUCCGCCUCAGCUGCUAUCCUCUUCCGCCGCACCUAUUGUCCUCGUGCACCUCACCUGUUAUCAUCUUCCGCCUUACCUGUUGUCCUCUUCCGUCUCAUCUGCUAUCUUCUUCCACCACACCUGUUAUGCACUUCCGCCUCAUCUGCUAUCCUCUUCCGACUCACAUGUUAUCCUCUCCCGCCUCAGCUGCUAUCCUCUUCCGCCGCACCUGAUAUCCUAUUACGUCUCACCAGUUGUCGUCUUCCGCCUCACUUGUUAUCUUCUUCCGCCUCAGCUGCUAUCCUCUUCCGCCGCACCUGAUAUCCUCUUACGUCUCACCAGUUGUCGUCUUCCGCCUCACCUGUUAUUUGUCGUCUUCUGCCUCACCUGUUAUCUUCUUCCGCCUCAGCUGCUAUCAUCUUCCGCUUCACCUGCUAUCAUUUUCCGCCUCACCUGCUAUCCUCUUCCGCCUCAGCUGUUAUCCACUUCCGCCUCAGCUGCUAUCCUCUUCAGCAUCACCUUUUGUCUUCGUGCGCCUCACCUGUUAUCCUCUUCCGCGCCACUUGCUAUUCUCUUCCGCCUCACCUAUUGUCCACGUGCGCCUCACCUGUUAUCAUAUUUCGCCCAACCUGCUAUCCUGUUCCGGCUUACCUUUUAUCCCCUUCCGCCUCAGCUGCUAACCUGUUUGAAAACUCUGCAGUAG